CGCUCCCCACGUGUGCGCGGCGCGAUGGCGGCGGUGCCGGGGGUCCCGGGGCUCCAGGGCAUCCAGACGUGCCUCAGGGUGGCGGGAGCGGCGGCGGCGCGCCCCGAGUGCUUCCUCAGUGUGCAGGAUGGGCUGGCUGCCGACUUCAGAGCAAUGACAAAGACUCUCUACGAUCUGAAUAAAGGAAGCAACAUAGUUCGUGGGGGCCCUCUAAAAGAGCUGGUGAUAGAAAAUUUUGAUGAAGAACAGAUUUGGCAGCAACUAGAGCUCCAGAACAAUGCAGUUCUCAAUUUCUUCAAGAAAUCCAUUGCCAGGGAUGCCGAGGAUGAAGAUCUUUGCCUUCUCUCAGACCAGGAAGAGGAUGGCUCUGGUGCAGAGACCAGCAGUGACAAGGAGUUGGAAGACAACAUAAUGGAAGCAGAAACUGAACAGAUGAAUGUUUAUACAAAAGAUAAAGAUAAAAAUAAAAAUAAAUCUAAAGAAAAGCAAAGUAAACUCAGCGAAAGCGUAAUGCAGAAAGACAGUGAUGAGGAUUCUGAUAUUGACUUUGAUAUUGAAGCAUUGGAGCAACAAGCUAAAACAGCCAAGGAAACCACACUGAGAAAGAAGGGAAGAAAAUCUGUAGUGGAUGACAAGUUUUUCAAGCUAGCAGACAUGGAAGCUUUUUUAGAACAUGCAGAGAAGGAAGACAAGGAAGAAGAAGAAGAAGAAGAAGAUGACAUUAAUUAUUUUGAAGACAUUAUCUCAGAUGAUGAGGAAGACUCUGAAGAAGCUAAAGACAAACCAAUUAAAAGUUCCAGAGAUAUGACAUACAAAGAUUUCUUUGAUCCAGUUGAUGAUGAUGAUGGUGAUGGUGAUGAUGAUUCAGUAGCUAAUGAUGCUGAAGAGGAUCAGGAAGAGGAAGCAGACAGUGCCAUUGAAGAGCAAAAUGAAGAGAGUAUGUCUGAGUUUGAGGAUAUGGAUGAAAUGGUGGAGCACAUGAGAAGUAAAGAAGCUUCUAAAAAAGUAACUUUCAGUUUGCCAGAUGACAGUGAAACAGAAGAUGUACCUGAAGUGCAAUUAGAGAAGGACAUCAGUCCCAGUGAAAUAAAGUCCUCAUUUGAGAAGAGACAGGAAAAGAUGAGCAAAAAAAUAAAAAGCUUGGAAGAAGCAUUGUUAGAGGAGAAGCCUUGGCAGCUGAAAGGAGAAGUGACUGGGCAGAAGCGCCCUGAGAACAGCCUUUUGGAAGAAACAGUGCUCUUUGACCAUGCAGUGAGAAUGGCACCUGUGAUCACAGAAGAAACUACUUUUCAGCUUGAAGAUCUCAUUAAGCAGAGAAUAUUGGAUGAGGCAUGGGAUGAUGUAGUACCAAAAGAGAAACCCAAAGAGGAAGCUUUUGAGUACAAGAAGCGGAUCAGUUUGGAUCAUGAAAAGAGUAAACUGAGUCUGGCUGAAAUCUACGAGCAAGAAUACAUGAAACUUCACCAGCAAAAGACUGAAGAGGAAGAAAAUCCUGAACACAAAGAAAUUCAGGAAAUGAUGGAUUCACUCUUCCAGAAGCUGGAUGCACUUUGUAAUUUCCACUUCACACCCAAACCACCGGUGCCAGAAGUUAAAAUCGUUUCCAACCUUCCAGCUAUAAGUAUGGAAGAAGUAGCACCAGUUGCUGUUAGUGAUGCUGCUCUCUUGGCACCAGAGGAGAUCAAGGAAAAGAACAAAGCUGGUGAUGUAAAAACAGAUGCAGAGAAGACUCCCACAGACAAAAAACGAGAACUGAGAAGGAAAAAGCUCCGUAAACGUAUGAAGCGAAGGGAAAGGGAGAAACGUCAAAAGCUUCUUGAAAAGAUGAAACCAGAACAAGGCACAAAACUUAGCAAAAAAGCUGCUGCAGCAAAAUUAAAAAGGCUUACCAAAGAAGGCAAAGCGUCUCUGCUCAAGGAUGAAGGUAAAGACAAGGCCUUGAAAUCAUCCCAGGCCUUCUUUUCUCAGCUACAAGAUCAAGUGAGAAUGCAAAUCAAAGAUGCCAGCAAAUUAAAAAAGAAACAGAAGAAGGAGAAAGCAAUCUCUGUUCAUAAACUAAAGUUGUAAUUUACCUUUUUUAUACAGGUACAUACAUAUAUACAUCUUGUAUAUAUUAAAUUUUUUUUUUCUGAAUUUCA